AUGGACCCCGACUACUGGAGUGUCGAGGCGAUCCUCGCCGAGGGCCAGCGGCUCCCGUGCGUGUUCCAAGUGGAUGUUCCCGGCCUUGGGCACCUCGAAGAGUCAGGUGAAGUGGAUAUGCACAAAAACACGCGCAUCGAGCUCGUGUACUGGAUGGCGCAUCUGCUGGCCGUGUACGAUAUUGUCACGAUCCAGCAGCCCCGUGCAUACGGAGCACGCGUACGUUCAGCACUCGAGGCCUCUGCAUCGUCCGUGCAGCUGCGUUCGCUCUUGCCGUACUGGUACGCGCUCGCGGUCCGCCUGGCGCGUCUGCUCGCGUCCGAAGACCUGCAAGCGCUCCUGUCCAAAGUACGUCGUCUUGCUCACCAGACCUAUAUCGGCCGCCUUGCGCGGAUCUACGAGCUGGCGAUCCUCCUGUCGCCCGGCGGCGACGGCCGCGUGUCGGGCGACGCGUCGCUGUCGAUGGAGAUGCAAAACUUCCUACAAGGCCUCGACGAGAGCGAGGCGCUCCUGCUGCAGGCCGGGCAAGUGUCUACGCGCACGAUGCAAGAGUACCUGACCGGGAGUGACUAG